AUGUUCGCAGACUACGUCAACACUGUCAAAACAGACUACGAGCACCAGAUCGCACAACUGGAGAAACAGGUGACUGCCCUUAAGAUGGGUGAGCAAGUGGAUUCCAUAUCUGUCACAGACCCUCGGGAGAACCUGCCGACAUUCCCACUCCCCAUUCAACGACAGAAGUUUCUUGAACUUGUUGAUCGGGACAAGACCAACCAGAUCUACGUGUAUUCGGGUGAAGUGACCGAAUCGCCUGCAUUGUGGGCCAGCAGAAUAGAGAACAUCAUGAAGACGUUCAACUUCUCGACAUGCAUUUUGGAAACUAGUCAGGUGGUCUCAAAACUACUUGGAGGAAAAGCGCUGCUUCUCUACAGGAAACAGAAGAACCAGGUGCUUCCAUGGGUGGAGUUGAAACGGCUGGUUCACACGCUUGAUAAGCCCGUAUUGAGAAGUAUCGCAGUGCACAAGGAACUGGCAAAGCUGGAAGAUACAGAUCUACCGAUAGAGUACAGGAUAAAGAUGAUCCGGCACUGGGAACCCCAGCUGGACCCCAGUCCUCUGGGUGACCGGGUAGUGGAGGUAAUUAGGAUCAUUCCUGAGAAGGAGGCGGAUAUCAUGAAGGCAGUGGAGGGAGGCAUCAGCAGCUUUGAUCAACUCUUGGGAAUUAUGGGACCAAAAGAUGAGAGUAGCCAUCAGCCUCAGAAGGCGGAGGAACAACCGCCAGUGCUAUCGUACAAGCAGAAGCGGGCAGCAAAGGAUGUCAGAGACAAGACUUGUACGUAUUGUCAUAAGGAGGGUCACAAAUCCAGUCAAUGCUUCAAGCGUCCCAAAAGAUGA